AAAAGAAAUGUCACAUUUGCAGUUUUUAACAGUCACCCCUGCCAUUGAAAGAUGAGUGACGUGUUUUGUAUAUGUUAAAAUACCACUAUUUAUUUAUUUCGAAGUAGAAUAUUUCACGCUGCCCGACAAUGAAUUACAAUGCAAAUACGGGCCCUCGGCCUGGUAAGCAUCCGAUUUAGAUAAAACAGCAACAUUUGGUAAAAAGGUGAAGAGGGUGAGUGAUGUAAAUGCCAUGGGAUAUCGUCAGUACGACCCCCAACAGCCCCAGCAGAAUCUGUAUCCAAAUCUAGGACCAGCUGCAGAUGUUUCAAUGCCAAGAAAUUAUCAACAAGGAUAUGGAAACCAAAUGCCCCUGGAUGGUCAGUCAUUCACAUCUGGUCCCCAUGGAAUUCCCACUGUAGCAACAAACUUCAAUUCCCCAGGCCCUCAAGAGUAUGGAGUUAAUAACACUUUUCCAUUGACUCCAAACUUGGGAGUUCUGGGCCAGCCAGUGGUUCAAGACAUGGCCAUGCAGUAUGGACAACAGUUGGCUGGAGCUGGAAAAACAAUGAUCAAGCAGGAGAUGGAAAAAUAUGUUCCAGUCAGUCAACUUCGAUAUUACUUUGCCGUAGACACCAAGUAUGUGGUAUCAAAAUUAACUCUUCUGUUCUUCCCUUUCACACAUUCGGAUUGGUCAGUGAAAUAUGAGCAAAAUGGCCCAGUUCAACCAAGAUACGAAAUCAACGCACCCGAUCUUUACAUACCCACCAUGGCGUAUAUUACCUACAUUUUAGUCGCUGGCUUAGUGUUAGGAAUGCAAGACAAAUUUAGCCCCGAACAAAUUGGAAUUACAGCGUCCUCAGCCUUGGCGUGGUGCAUCAUAGAGUUGGUUAUUUAUAGUGCAAUCUUAUAUAUACUCCAAGUGGAAACUAGCAUUAAAACGCUGGAUUUGCUAGCCUAUUCCGGAUACAAGUUUGUUGGCACCAUCGUUAGUAUUCUGAUUAGCCUAAUGUUCGGAAGUACUGGUUUUUUCAUUAGCAUCAUUUAUACUAACUUGGCUUUAGCAUUCUUUCUGGUGAGGAGUCUUAAAGUACAAGUUCUAGCUGAACAAGGCACGAAGGACCAGUCUUAUUACGGGGCACCGAAUACAGCAGGGCAUAAGAGGAGGUUGUAUUUCUUAUUGUUUGUCGCAGGCUCUCAGAUCGUUUUAUCUUGGUGGUUAUCAUUUCAUCUUGUUCCCGCUAGUAGUGUGGUACCAGUUGCACCUGCAACCCCUGUAUAAGCUUUUUCUACAUCUACAGAAAUUAGACUAAUUAAUCAAUUGUAAUUUUGAUACAUUUGCCAAGUCAACUAGAAUAUUUUCAAUGGAAUUAUGUUGAAACCCUCUCAUUAUGUAAAAGUAGUAGGUUCAACAUUUUUUUGUUGUUACGAUUAAUCCUGGUUUUUUCUAGUUAUUAAAUUAAUAUUUAUUCUUGGUGAUUUACUUAAUUUGGUAACGAAGCUGAUUGAUAUCUGAAUGAUUAUAUAUAUUUAUAUUUAUAAGAGGUGUUUUUGUGUUAUUCCAUCCUCACUUUAAGCAGGCGACGCAAUCUAUUUCAUAUACAGAAAUAGAUGAUAUACAGGAAUAAUGAAACAAUGAAAAUAUUCCUAAUAAUAAAAAUGUAUAAUUGAACUUGCAACUUUUUUUGUAUAAUUUAAUUUAUAGUUAUAUUUUUCCUAAAAUUUUGUACGAAAAACGACCUGUUUUCACAAUAAAUGUAAUUUAUUUUUA